CUCACGAGUGUCGGACGUUAUAAGCAUGCUCGGGAAUCGCCUGUUACCUGUACCGCUCGGAUUUCCUGUGAGCACAAAUGACGAAUAAUGCUUUCACAAUUGUCGGAAGUCGUCAGACUCUUACAGCCGCAAGCCAUGCCCAGCUGCUGGUUUCCGGAAGGGAGUUGCUUGCUUGUCCUACCAACCCACGUAAGCUCCAAGAGACUGGAGACCAACACCACUUGGCCAACAGCAAGGUGUGAGAGGGCGCUCAUGCAAGCCCCGAUCCUAUUUCCAAAUACAGCUCCCGGUACCCCCCACGCGUUGAUCAAUAUAUUCGAAUCCGCGCCUUAUGGAUGCAAGCUGGACGAAGGUUCCGUUAGCUGCAUGUGUUUAUGCGCGGCCCGAUCUGGAAACGUGAUACAAGUUAUCGCGUGCUGCGGUCGCGCGGUCGCUUACUUCUGGUCAGCUCUUGGGGAUUUUUGCAGAUCUUGCAGGAAGUCAAAUAGACAGAGGGCCCACUGGCAUGAUUAUCAUGAGUAUUUGAAUAUCUCAUGGAGUCACUGAAAGCUGCUUCAAGAUCUACGAAUCAAAUACCCCGAAAGAUGAACGGAGUGGGGAGCCCAGGUGCAACAACACCUCCAAGAGUCUAUUUUCGGGAGCAACAGCGGGGAGAUCGGCCUCGGCCUUCCUCUCAGCUUACUCUGCGUCUACCUCCAACACUCCAAGUUUGUCGAUUCGUCCAAUGUCUGUCAACCUAGUUGGUACAUGUUUGCUCCGGCUGCCGGGAUGUUGCAGUAUGCGGGAAGCUCG